GCGAAGGAGGGGAGGAGCGCUGGUCGAGACGGCUGUGUUUAAAUUAAUGUCAACCUGCCUUUCAGCAGGGAGAACAAACCCAGCGCACAUAGCGAAAGUACGUGCUCAGCGCAACCUGCGAGCCGCUCUACAGAUACUAACAUGGCUCGGCGGCCGAGAAACAGUGUUUACAGCAGUGAGGAGGAUGAGGAGGAGACUGAGAUGUAUGAACAUGAUUAUGAUGGAUCGCUGGCCAAGGCAGGGAAACGCCACCUCGGCAAAACGCGCUGGACACGAGAAGAGGAUGAGAAGUUGAAAAAACUUGUUGAGGUUCACGGAUCAGAAGACUGGAAACUAAUUGCAAGCUUACUAACUAAUCGCACAGAUGUGCAGUGCCAGCACAGGUGGCAGAAGGUUCUUAACCCAGAACUCAUCAAAGGGCCGUGGACCAAAGAGGAGGACCAGAGGGUGAUUGAGCUGGUCCAGAAGUAUGGAGCCAAGCGCUGGUCGGUCAUCGCCAAGCACCUGAAGGGCCGCAUCGGCAAGCAGUGCCGCGAGCGCUGGCACAACCACCUGAACCCAGAGGUGAAGAAGACGUCGUGGACUGAGGAGGAGGACCGGAUCAUCUACCAGGCACAUGAGAAGCUGGGCAACCGCUGGGCCGAAAUUGCUAAGCUGCUCCCUGGCAGGACUGACAACGCUAUAAAGAACCACUGGAACUCCACCAUGAGGCGGAAGGUGGAACAGGAGGGCUAUCUUCAGAGCUCGUCAAAGAACAACAACUCCUCACUCUCCAUCAGCCAUGGCUACGUCAAGACCAACAGUCACAUCAUGGGUUUCCCCCACCACUCGCCCAAUAAUCACGCGCAGCUGCCUCCCUUGUCGCCACUCAACUACACCUACAUCGACACACACCGAGUACCGUACCCCAUGGCCUUGCAUUUGAACAUCUUGAACAUUCCCCAGCAUGGAACCGCUGCUAUACAGAGACACUAUAGUGAGGAGGACCCUGAGAAGGAGCAGAGGGUGAAAGAAAUCGAACUGCUACUUAUGUCUACAGAAGAUGAGCUGAGAGGCCAGCCGUCACUACCAAUGAAUUUGCCCUAUCCAAGCUGGGCCAGCCAGAGCUCUGUGACAAACAGCUCAGAGGGUGUGCCAAUGUUAUUACCUCACCACCAGGCCGCCGCCCCUGCCCUGCCUCUCGACCAGAGCUGCCUACCUGAGGAGAGUGCUUCCGCAAGCCGUGCCCACAACAAUAACGGCCGCAACAACAACAACAACAACAACAACAACAACAACAGCAGCAGCAACAGCAAUAGACAUCACAGCAAUCCGGCGUUCUCAAAUACUAUGCCAGAGUUCAUGGAAUCUGUCCUUGAUUCGAGCCUCUCCUCAGUGGAUGAGGCCACUACCCGUGGGCUCUUGGAUAAGCGUGUUCUCAGAACAGACAGGGUGUUGCCCAAUCAGGGCUCAAGAACUGCUCACGGAGCAUGGGCUGGUUUCAGCUGCUCCACUCCCAAGCCUUCACCAGGCAGAAACCUGCCCUUUUCACCCUCACAGUUUCUCAACCAGUCAAUGAGCUCAGAACACUCCGACGACAGUUUACCAAUGAGCUCGCCUGUCGACUCCAAGCCUCUGAUCGACCACACUCUCAGGCCCCAGAAAGAGAAUGAAAUGUUCAGAACUCCAAACAUUCGUCGUUUGAUCAUGGAGUCGUCUCCCUGUACACCCACACCCUUCAGGUCAGCCCUGGCCCUGCAGGAAGCCAAGUAUGGACCCCUCAAACUACUGAAUGUCCCUUUGGAGCAGCAGAUGGUAGAAUGCAUCAAGCAGGAGCCAAUGGAGUGUGCGAUUGAGCAGCCGCCUCUGAAGAAGAUAAAACAAGAGGUGGAAUCCCCAUGUGAGAGGAGCCCAUGUAUGCAGUGGGAAGGACAAGAUCUUCACACACAGCUCUUCUCCCCCAAUGGCCCUGCACAGGAAGUACCUGACCUACUAACCAGCUCAUUAUUGAGUGAAGACGGACACAAAGCUUACCACCUCACACGCAGAGGCAUGGGCAGCCCACUACAGCAGCUGAGUUCCUGGGAACAGGUGACUUGCGGGAAAACAGAGGAGCACUCUUUGGCCUCGGAGCAGAGCCACAAGUACAUCAACACUUACCCUACGAGGACACUGGUCAUGUAGACAGAGACACAUGUUGAUCUGGAAACAUCAACAAUCCCUGCGCUGGACGCAGCGUUGCGGGUUACAUAUUUGUUGUGGUACAACAGUUGGGAGAGGCUCUAUGCCAUUGGUGUUUUUACACUCACACUUGUUGGAUUUCAACCAACCAAAGACUAUACUUUUUUUUUAAAUCUUUUAUAUAAAAUUUGCUUUUGGUUUUUAGAAAUGUUUGUACUAUCACUUUUGGUCUUGUCAAUGUAUUAUUAUCAAUGUUGUAUUAUAAAUGGGAAACGGUGGCUAUAUAAUUUGCAUUUGGGCUGUAUUAUUAAUUCCGAAUUUUAAUAUUAAUAUAAAGAACAACUGAUUAA